GUGUGCGUGUGCAUGUGAGAGAGAAAGAGACACCGAGUGGGAGGCAAGCUUUGUGUUGGGAAACAGAAUGAACGGGCUGUUAUUUUAGGCUAGGGCAUUAAUUUACUUGUUUAAUAUUUCCUUCUAUACACAUGUAAAGUGAUAUUUUACGGGUUUGGUACUGAGAAAGGUUUACAUCUCUAUGGCAACAUCGACAUAUCAAAUUAGCAUCACCUCCGCAAGGAAAUAACGGGCAGGGCUGUUGCUGCCGCUGCUGCCACUGGUAUAUUUAUUUAUUUUCCCUCAUGCGUCCUACAACGUUGUGGGAAACGCGAUCGAGUCAGGGAGCAAUAUCUGAUUUAUUAUGGAUUAAGGAUCGUGUGAGCUGCAUGUGAAAUAAAGGCUUCCAAUGCUGAAUAUGUCCACUCCCAGUGACCUCAAGUCUCCCUGUGUGACUCGGAACGGUAUGGUCAAGCUUCCCCCCCAGCCCAAUGGCUUAGGUUCGGCCAGCAUUACUAAAGGCACUCCAGCUGCCAAGAAUCGCCUGUGCCAGUCAUCCUCCGUACCCACCAUCUUGCCUCCCCCUACCCUGCCCUAUCACCUAGAGCCCCUGCCCACAGCAGCCUCACUGCUGGGUCCCGACCUGGACACAAGCCCUGUGACUGCCAUCAAACCCACCCUCCGGCAAUUUCCCAAGCCCCUGUUGGAGAGACAACUGGUGCUGGAUGAGAAGGUGCUGAACCGACUCUUAUGGUACUUCACCACAGCAGAAAAGUGCAUUCUGGCACAGGUGUGUAAGACAUGGCGGAAAGUGCUCUACCAGCCCAUGUUCUGGGAAGGUGUGACGCCCAUUCUACAUGCCAAGGAACUCUACACUAUCCUGCCCAAUGGGGAGAAGGAGUUUGUCAGCCUGCAGGCUUUUGCUCUCAGAGGCUUCCAGUCCUUCUGUCUGGUUGGGGUCUCGGAUUUGGACAUUUGUGAGUUCAUUGACAACUAUCCAUUGUCGAAGAAGGGAGUCAAGUCUGUCAGUCUAAAGAGGUCGACUAUAACAGAUGCGGGACUUGAGGUGAUGCUGGAACAGAUGCAGGGUCUGAUGCACCUUGAACUCUCCGGCUGCAAUGAUUUCACAGAAGCCGGCCUGUGGUCCAGCCUGAAUGCGCGGCUUACCUCUCUCAGUGUCAGCGACUGCAUCAACGUGGCAGACGAUGCCAUCGCCGCCAUUUCUCAGCUCCUUCCCAACCUAUCGGAGCUCAACCUGCAGGCCUACCAUGUGACCGACACAGCCAUGGCCUACUUCACCGCCAAGCAAGGCUACACCACCCACACGCUGCGUCUGAACUCCUGCUGGGAGAUCACCAACCAUGGCGUAGUUAACAUGGUGCACAGCCUGCCAAACCUCACCUCCCUCAGCCUGUCAGGCUGCUCAAAGAUCACCGACGAUGGUGUGGAGUUGGUUGCAGAGAAUCUGAGGAAGCUCCGGAGUCUGGAUCUGUCCUGGUGCCCCCGCAUCACUGACAUGGCCCUGGAGUAUAUCGCCUGUGACCUACACAAGCUGGAGGAGCUGGUACUGGACCGGUGUGUGCGGAUCACAGAUACAGGCCUGGGUUACUUAUCUACCAUGUCAACUCUGAGAAGCCUCUACCUGCGCUGGUGCUGUCAGGUGCAAGACUUUGGGUUACAGCAUCUAUAUGGCAUGAGGAGUCUUCGUCUUCUCUCUCUAGCAGGGUGCCCUCUGCUGACCACUACUGGCCUAUCAGGCCUGAUCCAACUGCAGGAGCUAGAGGAGCUGGAACUGACCAACUGCCCGGGCGCCACAGCUGAACUCUUCAAAUACUACUCCCAGCAUGUGCCGCGCUGCAUGGUCAUCGAGUAGAGCAAAGUGUUUCAUGGGCACCAGCACCCACCACAUCACCAAAACCUCCUCUUACAGACUGAUGAUAAACCCAACUUCAUCCUGGACCCACAGGAAGAAUAAACGAGAGAAACUGAAUGGGAGUUUGUUUUUGUUUUGUUUUUCUGGAGGGGUGAAUAGGUAUGAUUGACAUGGAAGAUAAAAAGGGAAAUCUGAAAGAAAAGGUCGGAACGGGCCUGGACUGACAAGCGAGAGGGAUCAUGUACAAAGCGCAGUGGGUCAGAGGCUAGAUCUUUCAUUAAAUAACAUGACACAUAGGAAUCAGCCCCCACACAUACAUGAAACAUGUUGAGACUAGCUUCCAUGUCUCAUUCAAAACCGUUUAUCUUGAAGUGACAAAGGUGUGCGCUGCUUGUUUGAGCUGUCUCUCUUAUAUCCAGGGAAACGUAGAGAGGAACCGUAAUGUUUAAGGGAACGAAUGAGGAAAAGGAGCCACUGUAACAGGGUCUCUUCACUUUUGUCCAGCAGCAUCCAGGUUUCUCACUUCCCUCAGAUGUGCUACCACUCCAUCUAUGUGUCUUAUCAAGGAAACAAAAAAUUUGAGAUGAACAGCUAUGUAGAUUUUCACAUCAACGCUACUUGCUUUUUGUCAUUCAGUUAUCUUUUUGUUUUGUUUUUAAAAUAUUAUUUUUUUAAGUAUUAUUUUUGAUGAUAAGGAUUACUGUGAAACAUUUAUGGUAUGAGAUCGAGGUUUCGGACACUUUGAAUAAGACGGAAAUCCAGGUACGGUGAAGGUACAGUAUUGAGGUACUGUCCUUUGAAAGGAACCAGCAUAUUCAGGAGUCAGGUGGUUAUUUUUCGCAGCAGAUUGCUCUUUUAAAGACAUUUCCAGAAAUUAUGAGUCGGUGAGAGCAGGGUGGAUUGGAACUGCUCAUACAUUUUAAUAUAGUUCAGAGGGACUGUGGUUUGUACAAAAGAUAGCUUGGCUUUUUCAUCUGCCCGUUUUAUUUUAAUUCCAUUUUGAUGUCAAUUGAUAUUAGUGGCUUGUGUGCAGGUUUCCAUAUUAAUCCUAAUUCAAAAGAAGAUGUGAUCUCUGAGUGAUCCCAUAAUGCAUCUGGGCCAUGUGACAGCCUUUCACAGACUGAAACUGCACGUCAUUGCUUACUUGUCACCAGGCCAAACCAUUACAGCAGCGGACAGCAUGGCAGUUCUACCAUAGUUUCUUACAGUACGGGUGCAGUUUCUCUUUCAGCCGGAGUGAUUUUAAAUACAUCUGAUGAAUACGGUUUACAGUGAUUUUCAUCAAAUGCAGAGGCAGGCCAGUGUAAUUAAAGUGAUCACAAACAUCCCACACAAGCUCAUUACAGUAGUCUCUCUUCAUCUAGCUGUUUUGCUUUCCCAUUAAGCAAUACCCACAUGUCUGCUUUUAGAUUAGUAGCACCUCUUUUUAUUUUCAGAGGUGCUGAUUCUUCACCCUCUCAAUUGUGCUCAUCUGUGGUGCCUACCUCAUUGUAUAAUUGGGUAUGUGGAAUACAGGUCCGCAGGGGAAUUCACAGAAUCCAACUUUACCAACCCACUCCAUACCCCAUAGCAAACCCUGCAUUUGCUCUCUCAGGAGAUUAAUGUGCUGCUCAGAUAAUCUCAGAUAGUGGCAGAAUAAAUGGCAUGGUGCACAAUUUUGGAGUCUUAGAUUGGGGAAUAAUUUAUUUAAAAGCAACCUCUAAGUUCUAACUAGUGAAAUGUGAUUACCUCUGAAUAUUAUCAUCUGUGGGCAGAUAUGGUAGUAGUUCUACAGGAAAUUGUACUAAAAAAAAAAAACGAGUGAAAUUUCAGGCAUUCUGACCCACUCAAACCACGCGUUUGGCUGGUUAGCGCCCCUGCUGGUACAUGCCUGAACUUCAUCAAAAUUAGCAACAUAUGUUGACUUAAAUAACUAUCUUUUAAAAACAACCGUUCCUAGAACGAUUGCUUAGAAGAACCAUAUUCAGUUUUCCAAAGAAUAAUUCGAACCAUUUUGCCAAUAAGAAGCUUUUAAUUUGUCUACAGCUGAGGUGAAAGCGAAGUCUAAUUGAUUGCUCACUUUCUCCAAUUAUUAUAAACCUCUAUGAUUCAAACAUGAAGCUAAUCUUACUCCAAAAAAAGUGUAGAACGAAACAGAUGGAAACUAUGCCGGGAUAAUUCCAAUAUACCCUAUCCCGCCCUAAAUUAUCUGGGAUUUAAAAAUAACAGAUUUUAUCCACUAAAAGAUACAUUAGCAUGAACAUUAGCCCUCACCUCAGACAGUCGAUCAGUUCUUGUAUAUAGUGAUCUGUUUAAUGGGGGUUAAUCAGGGUUAGCAGCUGCUGCUUAUCCAGGCUAGAUCCCCUGAAACUUUUAAUCUCACUACCUUGUGUGAGUUUAUCUUUUGGACCAUUGAAGUUGUUAUGUAUUUAUUUGCUUUUACUUCUCAUUGGUAGUAGGUUAAUUUAUUGACACGAUGCACAUAUUUAUUUAUUUAUUACAUUUACGAAGAUUGUACAUGGUUUAUUUAGAAGUAGAACAUGUUUUUUGAUUGGGUACCUGAGGAGACAAGAACUACUAUGGAAAUUGGAGUUGAUUUCUUUUUUUAAAAACCAUGGUUUCGCCAGCUAGAAUAACUGCAGUCUCUGAGGCACGUUUUUUUGUUUUUUGGUGGGCAGACUAUUGACACAGUUGACAGAAGGGCAGUAACUUGCUGACAGAGGCCUUGACAGUGAGCUGACUUACCGUAACCUGGUGGUACCCAUUUACUCUUGUUUAAUGGCAAAUCUACUUCACUUCUUUUGUUUUCGGUUGUAAAAUGGAUGUUUAGUUGGUGAGAGACGCUGUCACAAAGUCUAGAAAAAGUGAAUUGGAAUUGUGUCCAGGACUGGAUGUUAAAUAUUCUAUACCAGUUAAUAUGCCUAAACUCAAAUUGUAGCUAUGUUUAGUUUCUUUUCUUUGAGGUAUCCUGAUAACUGUUAGAACACAUAUUGCAGUAUUUACACAAACUCGAUCGUCUAUUAAGAAUGCAACAGAUUUUAUUCCAUAGCAAAGUUCUGAAAGAAAUCCCAUCGAAGCGCUUUUCAUUAUGUCUCCAUAACAGAAACAGAACCAUUUGAGAUGAAUGAAAUAAAGAGAGACUAUUAAUAUAUUGCUAAGGCAUUGCAUAGUAUUUGAGGAAAACUGUAUGAAACUGUCAGAGAUACUGUAUUAAUCUUGUAUAAAUACUAUUGUUUUCACUUCCAAACCGAGCCUUUUCCCUCUUUGUACAGAAUGAGAGUUUAUGUGUGGGAAUUUCUUCACACUAAAGAACCCUAAAUAAUAACUCCUGCACUAACCCCACUGUAAUCUGUAAAUAUAUAUUAAUAUGUCGAGGACAUCUAUAAGAAGGUUUCAGCGUGCACGUCCAUAACACUUUAAGCGAAAAGAGUCAGCAGAGAAACCUGGUCAAAAAAAGAGGCAAGAUAUGCAAAAAGGUUAAUGUCUUUUAGCGAUGAAUAACAUCAGCAAUCGAUAGUAUAUAAGACUUAAGCUUGUUUGACUUUGUACAUUGAGCUAAUAUCAAAGACAUGUUAAUACGGGCUAAAUGCAAGAAUAUUGACAGAUGUUUAUUGUGCGUCUAUAUUGGGCCUGCUGCCUUCCUCGUGUGAUCGAGUCAAUGAAACACUGGUACUGUGUGAAUUUCGCUUUCUUACCAGACAAAUCUGGCUGGCAGAUAUGGAGUGGUUCUGUCUGAUUUACGCUGUAAUUUGAAUCCAUUUUCAAGGCCAGUUUCCAUGAAUAGUGUUUCUCUAUUCUUGCUCUCUGAAGGAGUUUUACUAGCUUACAACAUUCAGAGUGUGUUGGCAGUUUCUGUUCACCCUCCAGCUUGCUUUAAACUCUAAAUGUCUGGCGCUUUUAAUUGUUGAGCGAAUAGAAUUAAUCCUCUGUUCCUCAAACUCUUCCAAAUUUAGAUAUGUCAGGAUUGUUUCUUUUAUAAAAUUUGACAACGACAUGAUUCAACAACAGAAAACAGCUCUUUUGUUGGCUCUUUGUAUGUACUUGUACAUGUAAUACUAAAACAAUAUUAGUAAUGCUUUUGACAUUCAUACAGGGUCCGCAACAAUGACUUUUAUUCUGGUGCAAACACUUGGUUUUGGCGACUGUGGUUCAACAGCGUAAUGAGCAAUGUUAGAUAUCUGCCUCACUUAUUAUCGAAAAUGUUUCUCUCAUUUCUUUGGUAUUUGAUUUCUCCGGCGUGACAUGGGCGUGUCACAGUUCUCGGUUCUUUAGGGGACAUUUCUUUCUGUAAAUACUGUUGUAGUGGUUGAUUUCAAAAUGAAAGAGAAAAAAGACAAAGUUUUAUGAACUCCAUCUCAUGGCUGCAGUGCCUUGUCAGACAAGCGUCGUUGUUUUCAGUUGGUUGGUUCCAGUCUGCACCGUUUUAGUAAAAACUGUACAAAAUAAGCACCAUAUUUGCGUCAUUAAUUUUCUCUGACAUUCAGUUGUUAAAGGCGUAGUUCACCCCAAAAUGUAUUUAAUGAUCAAACUGUAUGACUUGCUUCUGUGGAACAACACAUAUGAGUGAUAAGGUGAAUAAAUGACUGGUUUGAAAUUU